UUCAACUCGGAAGCAAAAUGUCCGCUUUAUCGCGUGGAGCGAUGAUUGUGUUUGAGGGUUGCGAUCGCUGUGGAAAGUCAACUCAGAGUUUAAAACUUGUAGAUUAUUUACAGUCAUUGGGAAGAAGAGUACAAUUAUUUAGAUUUCCUGACAGAAGCACCGAUAUUGGAAAAACCAUUGACUCCUAUCUUCAACGAAAAUCAGAUCUUGAUGAUCAUGCUGUACAUUUGAUGUUUUCAGCCAACCGUUGGGAAAUGAGGUCGAAAAUGAAAGCAUUGCUUGAAGAAGGAAUUACUCUCAUUGUUGAUAGAUAUGCUUAUUCAGGAGUGGCUUUCACGACCGCAAAACACCAUUUUAAUCUUGAAUGGUGCAAGAUGGCGGAUAGUGGUUUAAUCGCCCCAGAUGUAGUUUUAUUUCUUGAUUUGCCUCUUGAAGAAGCAGCAAAGCGAGGAAAGUAUGGUGAUGAAAGAUACGAAAACUUAGAAUUUCAACGAAAAGUUUCUGAUGUUUAUUCAAGAUUAAAGGAACAAAACUGGAAGAUUUUAAAUGCUUCACAGUCUAUUGACGAUCUUCAGGAUGAGAUACGGGAAAUUGUUGAAGACGUCAUGAAUAAUACAACAGAUAAAAAACUACAAACUUUGUGGCCUUUAAACACUGACUUUUAAUUUUUUGAAUUAGGAAGUUGAUUGAACACAAUGAAAAAGGUGUUUAAGUUGUUUUUCCUGUGGAUAUAACAAGGAAUUGUUACAAUAGAUUACUAAAAAUAGCUUUUAUUCUACGUACCCCAUUUUCACGACAACCACUUUCUUUUCUAUUGAUUAUGUUUAAAAUAUCUCGAACUUUUUCACAUGCUAACAUGACCAGAUCAAUUAUAGUUCCUUAGUAGCUAGUAACCACGAUGAAUUUUGCUUCGAUUUAGUUAUUAUAUUAAGUAAUUAUCGACCUUGAAUUUAAGUUGUUAAAAUUACUAUAUUUACGGUAGUGCAAUAAAUAAAAUUUUUGUUUGUUUUGCUA